AUGAGUACCCUGAAACAAUUCGCAAGAAAAUGUCCAACAGAACCUCUAACAGCAGAACAACAUAUUAGUUUACUAAUUUGCGACGCUUUUGUUGCUGGAAUUUACUCACCUUCUAUUCGACAACGACUCCUUGAAGCUACAGAAGACAAUCUUGAGGCACCCUAUAAAACAGCGCUAACAAUGGAAUUAGCCACCAAAGAUGCUUUUAAUUUGACACUAACCACGACAGCUAAUACUACAACUUUUGCCGCAAGUCGUAACCUUACUAAAUCUCAUUGUUACUGGUGCGGUAAUGAUCCACAUCUAAAAACUAAAUGCCCAGCACGAAAUUCCACCUGUAAACAUUGUCAAAGAAGAAGCCACUGGGAAACUGUCUGCCUCUCAAAGAAACAAAGUAAGACCUACACUAAAGCAGCAGUUGUUAAGGAAUAUCAGGAAGAAAACGAUAAUGCACUAGUAUCUACGGUCAUAGCAGCAAUCAACUCACCUGAUAGACUAAUUAAUGUCACCAUUAACAAAAAUAUAACACAGGCACUGAUAGAUACUGGCUCCAAUAAAACGUUUAUUACAUCAGAACUUCUUCAACAUUAG